GGGGGUGUAUAUAGAACCACGCAUCCUGGACGGUUCGCGUUGGCGUCAAAUCAAGAAAGAGCAUCAGAGAGGGGCGGCAAACGGUCAGCUCGCCGAAAGCUAUGCUUUUUCCCAGUUGAGUUCGGACUCGGACCUUUGGUUCGAGUUACCGUUAAGUCACCCACGGCCGUCCAUUCAGAUGAGGUCUCGCCGAUUAAGGGUGGACGAUCAAAGUAGGACUACGUAAUAAGAGGGCGUCGGCCGAACGCCAUGGCUGGAUAACUCAUCGAACUCGUCCGAGAGUGAAGGGGGCGGGAUGGAGGCUCUGAGGGCCACGUACGGCUCCGACUCGGAGUCGGAUGAUGAGUCGUCUCCUCCAAGAAGCAGCGGUUACGCAGAUUCCCGCCAAAUUUCGAAUCCAAAGGGAUCGGAGGGAUUGCCGCCGCCUCCGCCUCUCGAUCUCCUCCAACCCCCAAAUUUUCUAGAUGUUUCAUCUACUACUAAAGGAAGCCGCAUUAGAAGCUUCCCACAUGUUGAAGGAAACUAUGCUCUGCAUGUCUAUGUUCCAGUUUCUAUACCAUCUACAACAAGAAAGCAACUAGCAUAUUUUGUGAAAAUAAUAGAAUCUCAUGUACCUGGCCUCUAUGCUGCUGAUGUUGACUAUGCACUAAGUGAAUUAUGCAAAGAUGAUCAGAAGCUUGAACAAAUACUCUUAGGAAGAGAAUUUCACAUUAGCUUGGGAAGAACUGUUCCAAUUCAAGUACAUCAGAUCGACUCCAUUGUGGCAAUGCUUCGUGAGAAUUUCAAAUCUCAGAGACGAUAUUGGAUAGAGUUCAAUAAAUGGGAGGUUUUUGUUAAUGAUGACCGGACACGUACCUUUCUUUCGCUGGAAGUCUUAAGGGGAGGUCUACCAGAGAUAACUAAGCAGAUUCACAUCAUCGAUGAUAUAUAUAGACUGCAUGGUCUUCCUGAAUUUUAUAAGAAUCCACGGCCCCAUAUAUCAUUGGUGUGGGCAUUAGGUGAUAUCAGCAACAGGCUAAAACAGGCAGUUGAAGAGUUUGAUAGAUCCCGCGGCAAUUCUAAUUCCUUGCAGAAAGACAUCUUUAUGUGCAAGUUUACCGGCAUUGAAUGUAGAAUUGGUAAAAAGACCUAUAACAUUUGAAUGGUUGUUUUGCUCAGUGAUAAUUGCUGAAGGAAGAAUUUGCAAUUUCUCCAUAUUGCUACAUAUGGAGGGAAGAGUUAAAACCUACUGUACCUCCAGCCAGCGGCUAUGUAUAGAGCAUAUGAUUGGGAUCAAUGAGAAGUCACCAUCUAGAAGACCUUAUGUGCCAUAGGUUUUUGCUUGGUGAGGGCAUGGUGAUAAUUUCUUGCAUAGCCCUGUUUGGGAAGAACUUGCUGGAUCUGGCAUAGAGCCGAUUAUGGGUUUGGCCUCGAGCCUAAACUCUAUUCUUUUUUAAUCAGGCUUUGGGCCGGACUCAUGUAAAAUUUGACAUUUCUAUACCCAACUCCGACCCA